GGAGCUGAAAUGUGGGUGCCUUGCAAGUAGGAUGGCUCCAGAUCUAGAAGAGUGGCCUUUUGGUCUCUUCCCGCCACCCUAUUCAUAUUGGAGGCCGAAAGUGCAGCUUUUCGUCCACAAUGCAGUUACUAGAGAAUCGAAUCUACCUCGGGGACGAAGCGAUUGUUCAGAGAUUAGAAGGGAGUCGUUUAGGAUGGACACUGAAAUUAAGGUUUUUAAAGUGUGCCAGCCUUAACUGCCCAGUAACCUGGCCAGAUGAGGCUGUCUGGAAGGAGCGGCCAUGGCCGACUCGAAGCUGCUGGUGACGGAGAUAAACGAGGAGGAGACAAUGGGCGCUGAGACGGCGCGUUUGGAGGAGCUGCUGCUUCAGGCCUCCAAGGAGCUCCAGCAAGCCCAGACAAGCAGACCAGAAUCUACACAGAUACAACCUCAGCCUGGUUUCUGCAUAAAGACCCACUCACUUGAAGGGAAGGUUUUCAUCAACAUCUGUCACUCUCCCUCCAUCCCUCCUCCGGCUGACUUGACUGAGGAUGAGCUGCUUCAAAUGCUGGAGGAGGACCAAGCCGGGUUUCGCAUCCCCAUGAGUCUGGGAGAGCCGCAUGCUGAAUUGGAUGCAAAAGGCCAGGGUUGUACUGCCUACGACGUAGCUGUCAACAGCGACUUCUACCGGAGGAUGCAGAACAGCGAUUUCUUGCGAGAGCUCGUGAUCACCAUCGCCAGAGAGGGCCUUGAGGACAAGUACAGCCUGCAGCUGAAUCCAGAGUGGCGCAUGCUGAAGAACAGGCCUUUCCUGGGCUCCAUCUCCCAGCAAAAUAUCCGCUCCCAGCAGCAUCCUCGGAUCCAGGAGCUGGGAAACCUGUACACGCCAGAGUCCCUGAGACAUGAGGAAGGCCCUGAGAAGCCUCAUCUGAACCUUUGGCUGGAAGCCCCUGACCUCCUUUUGGCUGAAAUCGACCUUCCCAAACUGGAUGGAGCUCUGGGGCUGUCGCUAGAGAUGGGGGAGAAUCGCCUGGUGAUGGGGGGCCCCCAGCAGCUGUACUAUCUGGAUGCCUACAUCCCCCUGCGGAUCAACUGUGAUGAGAGCAGGGCAGCCUUCCAUAGGAAGAGAAAGCAACUGAUGGUGGCGAUGCCCCUUCUGUUGGCGCCUUCUUGACCAGGUGGCUUCUAUGUGGAGAGGAGAGGCUGUUGGCUUCUCUAAAAUAAAAAUAAAGAUUUUGCAUUUGU